AUGAGCGUCGCUUCCUCGGAGCUCCCGUCGCCAUCCUCCCAGGAUCAUGCUGACCAGCUGCGGGAGGACAGAGUCUGGAAGCGGAAUGAGCGGCUCAUUUAUUUGAGCAACUUCUUGCACAUGACCUUGUACACCAUGUGCUUCGGUGGUAUCUUCGACAUUUUCCUCUAUCACCUUUCACAAGAGCAACAGGUAAUCUCAGAUGAUCCAAUCACCGUCGGAUCCCAGGCUCCAUUGCCUGGAAACUUUUUGGUGAACACGUUUAGCAACUUCGAGCUGAUAUUUGAGAUUCGGCCGUCCUGGCCAGCCAAGUAUCCUUUGAGCUCGAACUGUUCUGAUAUGUACACAUGUGGAACCUCGAUCCUACACAUCACGGAUGGAAGUGGAAAUGGGGAUUGCUGCAAGGUUGGAAAUCGUAUACCCUUCGCCUAUUUCUCGAAUGGCACGACGCAUCUCCAAAUUACCAUGGAUGCUCUUGGGCAAAAUGAGACGUUGGACCGGAGGAGCUACAACAAGCUGCAGCACUGCCAAGCUCCGAAGGAACUUCCGCUGCACGAAUGGACCCACAUCAAGCUCAAGGCUAGUGGAGUGGGAAACUCCAAGGGGAAGAUUGACGACUCACACGGCGGCAUGGUGAUGUUCAUCAACGGGACGAAGGUCUGCGAAGUUCCAGGAACAGAGUAUCACACACUGCCGAGCCGUACGGAUGCGCGUCUCUUCUUUGGAUCCUUGCAGAGUCCCCCCGUGAGGGUCCCAGAUGCUCAUCUUCCAGCUAAUUUCGACAUCCGGUUUGUCCGCUAUGGCAAGCCUGCGUCAAAUUUAUUUGUGGGAUUGGCGAACAGUGCCCAAGGCAUACUGUCGAUGGUGUUAAUGUACCCGAUUGGUUGGAUCGGCGACAAAACCAACCGUUACUACUUGCUGCGUGGCAACUUGCUUGUGGCCGUUCUGUCAGGAGUUGCGAUGGUUAUGGCUGUGUACAGCUCGAGCAUUGCCUUGCUCUUCACGGGGAUUUGCAUCUUUACUUGGUACCAGCAAACGAUUUCCUCUACAAUCUAUGCUUGUUUGGCCGACAAUGUGGUGGCUGAUCGGCGAACGCGAGCAGGGGUGAACUACAAGACUUUCUCCGCGCUGGCCAUGUCCCUGGGCCCGGCGAUUCAGCUUCUGGUGGUCUUGUUCGGCCCUGCAGAGGAUAGUUGGACCGCCAAUAUCUUCGAACUAUUGCUUCUUCCAGGUUGGGUGCUACUGCCGCUGAUUGGGGUCUCCGUAGCAUUCAUGGUGCCGGUCGGGAAGGAACUGAGUGACAUCCCCAACACGGAUGAGAUGUCCCGGCCCCGCACGCUCGACAUGCGUAAGAGAAUCAGCGAGACAUGGCUGGAGCAGCGAGUCCUGGGAUCGUUGAAGCGGCGUUUUGUUGUUGCACUGUCGGUGAACAUCUUCUUCAUUGCGACUUUACUGGCAAAUGGAAUGACAGUGCGAUACUUUUCGCUCUACUUCACGCAGGUGCUCAGGUUCACCCCAGCCCAGCUCUGCAUCUUGAACGCGGUGUGCAGGCUUUUCAUCGCUGCUUUUGCCCAGCUUGGAAAGCCACUUUCAGUUCGGCUGGGCCGGUGCAACCUCGCUCUGCUUCUUCACAUAGGCUCCGCUGUUGCCACUCUUGGUAUUUAUGGUGGAAACAUGUUCAACCCCCCAGUGCUGGUAGCCUGUGCCUGCUACCUUCUGCGCUUCGCUUGCUUACAUGCAAGGGACCCGGUCCUGUAUUCUGUUACCAUGGAUUGCGUGCCCUUGAGCCAGCGAAGCCGAUGGGCCGCCCUGAACUCGCUUCGUACGCUCUCCUUCAGCGCUUCUGCCGUCUUGGGCGGAUUUCUUGCUGACAGGCAUGGCUACGAGUUUUCCUUCACUGUGACCAUCUGGUCCCUGCUGGCCUGCACCCUCUUCAUGCUGCCAGCAUGGUUGUGGUUCCCGAGAGAGGAAGGGACAGAUGAAGCGCAGGAUCCACUGAUGCCGGAGUCCCAAAACCAGCGAGGGGACGGAGAUCUAACAUCAGCGCCUUCAAGGCCCCUGUGA